AUGGGUCAAAACACCUCCACACUGGACACUCCAUCAUCAUCAUUAUCACUCGGAGCAUUGUCAUCCUCGAAACAACCACCACAUGUCGACAUGUCCAAUGGAGCUUCCUCUCAUCAUUCUUCAUCCUCUCACCAACCACACACACUCACCACCUCUUCCGAAAACAACCUUCCUCGUAAUCGAAAAUCAACCACCACCACCAAACAUUCUUCCACACUGAGUACCUCAUCAUUAAAUAAUUCUUCAUCUUGUCAUUCAUUAACGGAGAAUAGUAUGAAUCCACAACAACACUCACAACAACAAAAUUCUGGAGUAAUGAUGAUGGGAAGAUCGAUUCAUUCUUCUUCUUCUUCGGUCGUUUCAUCACCGCCGCAAAUACAAACGACUCCACCCACGGUGAAGAUUUUGUUAUUGGGAUUAAAUGGAGCUGGUAAAUCAACAAUCAUUUCAAAACUCAAAGAAUACAUUCAACAACAAACAACUUGUGACGACACUUCUUCUCCCAAUUCGGAUCAUCAACUCAACAACAAAACUUUUCGUGACAUUAUUCACUUCCAUGCUCUCAAUGGAAUUAAACAAUUAAUUCUUGCAUCAGAAAAAUUAGAUAUUUCAAUAGUUCCUCGUCACUCGGAUCGAAAAGAAGAAAUUGAAUUUGCCAUUCAUCAUUUGAGAACUCUUCACUUUUGUUAUGGUGAACAUGUGAUUGUUCCACAAGUUGCAGAAAUGAUGAAAUUACUUUGGGAACAACGAGGAGCAAAAGAAAUUCAUUCCGAAUUUAAAGAAUUUCAAGCACAGCAACAACAGUAUCAAGAACAGAUGGCUCAACAACAACAUGUCACAAAUGGAUCAUUAUCUGUGGAUUCUCAUUCACAACAACAACAUGUGGUUGAUAAUGAAGAAGAAGAUGUCAAAGCAGUGGCUGUAAAACCUCAGCUCAUCGUUCAAACUCAACAACACUCUUAUCAACAAUUCAAUGCAGGUGAAAUUAAUUGUUUCACACUUUACAAAGAUUUGUAUAAUUUGGAUUAUUUUAUGGAUCACAUUGAUCGAAUUGCACAAACAGAUUAUGUACCAACCAAUGAAGAUGUGGAAUAUUGUCAAAAACAUUUGAAAGAAGAAAAGAAAGGUAUUGAAGAAAUUGAAUUUAAUUUUAGUGGAGAACGAUAUAUUAUUUAUUGUGUGGAAGGUCAAAAUAAUGAUGGAAGAAAAUGGCUCUUUCUAUUUCAAGGAGUGGAUAUUGUCAUGUUUGUAUGUCCCAUUGGAGAUUAUGAUAUUAUACCAACAUCACUUGAGAGACAUAAUGUGGUGAAGGAAAGUUUGAACUUUUUCAGUCGAAUGUGUAAUAGCAAAUGGUUUCGAUCCACACCCAUUAUUCUUCUUCUUUCAAAAUGGGAUUUAUUUCAUGAAAAGAUUGCUCACACGAGUCUCAAUGUAUGCUUUGAGGAUUACGAUGGUGACAAUUCUUAUCAACACAGUUUGAAAUUUCUUUUACAAAAAUUCAAUCAUGUCCGAGAUAAGGGCAUGAAAAGCGUGAAUACCAAUAUUUAUCAACAAUUCUUCACCAAAGACACACCUCAUGAAGAGUUGGCCAAUAACUUGGGAGGUUGCAUCAAAGGUAUUCGAAUGGAACAAAAAGAACAAGCUAGGAAAGUCCUCAAAAAACAACAAUUAGAGCUAUCUGUUGGAGAACUCUCUCCUAAUGUUUCUGACUCGAUGUCGUCAAGUAAUGGUUCACCCAGUUUAGGAAAAUGCUUAUCACCACAAUUGGAAUCUUCAGGAUCCCCCUCAACAAACAAACACUCCCACAAACUCUUCUCUGGUCUGCUGAACAAGUUGAAAAAGAAAUAA